UAUCUCGAGUUGUAUCGAUUUUACAAGAUGAACUGGAGAAAAAAAAAUAUUGCGAAUGCGCAUUGAACAAGAAUAAAAUGCAGUAGUGCCCAUCCUCAUUGUGUCAUCACCGAGGAAUAACAAUAUAUUUAAAAAUAAUAAACAAUUAAUUAAUAAUAAAUUUUAUAUAACAAAAAAAAACAAACCAUUUUUCAUGGAUAUUAUAUUAAAAUGUUUUUUUAUAUAUUUACUAUCACCAAAUGCAGUUUACGGUGUACCGGGACCAAAAACAUUUGAAGCAAAUCCAGACACUAAAAGACUUUAUGAUGAUUUAUUAUCAAAUUAUAAUCGACUUAUUCGACCAGUUGUUAACAACACAGAAACAUUAACUGUUUAUUUACAACUUAAAUUAUCACAACUCAUUGAAAUGAAUUUAAAAAAUCAAGUGAUGACAACAAAUGUUUGGGUUGAACAGAAAUGGUUUGACUACAAACUCCAGUGGAAUCCUGAUGAGUAUGGAGGUGUUGAAAUGCUCUACGUUCCAUCAGAAAAUCUUUGGCUUCCAGAUAUAGUUUUAUACAACAAUGCUGAUGGAAAUUAUGAGGUAACACUUAUGACAAAAGCAACAUUAAAAUAUACCGGUGAGGUGUAUUGGAAACCACCAGCAAUAUACAAAUCAUCAUGUGAAAUAAAUGUUGAAUAUUUUCCAUUUGAUGAACAAUCAUGUCUUAUGAAAUUUGGCUCAUGGACAUAUAAUGGAAUACAAGUUGAUCUAAAGCAUAUGCUACAAGAACCUGGUAGUAAUUUAGUAUCAAAAGGUAUUGAUCUUGAUGAAUUUUAUUUAUCUGUUGAAUGGGAUAUACUUGAAGUACCAGCAACAAGAAAUGAAGAAUAUUAUCCAUGUUGUGUUGAGCCAUAUUCAGAUAUAACAUUUAAUAUUACAAUGAGAAGAAAAACAUUAUUUUAUACUGUUAAUUUAAUUAUUCCAUGUGUUGGAAUAACAUUUCUUACUGUUCUUGUAUUUUAUUUACCAAGUGAUUCUGGUGAAAAGGUUUCAUUGUGUUCAUCAAUUCUUCUUUCAUUGACUGUAUUUUUUCUUCUACUGGCUGAAAUAAUUCCUCCAACAUCAUUAGCAAUUCCUCUGCUUGGAAAAUAUUUAUUACUAUCAAUGAUACUAGUUACAUUAUCAAUUUGGACAACUGUUUGUGUUUUAAAUGUUCAUUUUAGAUCACCAUCAACUCACAGUAUGUCACCAUGGGUGAGACGUGUAUUUUUAAAUUGGAUGCCACUUGUUUUGAUGAUACGUAGAACACCAUAUUCAACACCAGAAUACAGUGAUAUGUAUGUCGAGGGUGGUUACUCAAAUGACAUUGAUUAUAGUUAUGGUGACAGUGUGAGUGAUUAUACAACAGAUUUAAAAGAAAAUCCAGAUGAAUUUGAUGAUCGUGUUACACUGGCCUAUAAAAAUAUGGAAGAUGAAGAUGGACAACAGCAUCAUUCAUCAUCUGAUAGAGAUGGUGACAAUAUAUUAUUACGAAAUCCAUCAGCUGAUGUUGUUGCAGCUCUUAAAGGUGUAUGCUUCAUAGCUCAACAUAUCAAAGAUGCUGACAAAGACAACGAAGUAGUUGAAGAUUGGAAAUUUGUUGCAAUGGUAUUGGAUAAAUUUUUUCUAUGGGUAUUUACUUUUGCAUGCAUUGGUGGUACUGCUGGAAUUAUACUUCAAGCACCAAGUUUAUAUGACACAAGACAAGCUGUUAAUUCUCACAUGUCACCAGGUAUUCCACUACAUCCUGGUGGACGUGAUACACGGGGUGUUUCUACCAGUGAAAUUGAUCCAUUUUUGCAGGAAAUAUAAAUUUAAUUUAAUCAUUAAAAUUAUUAUAUAAUAUUAUAAAUAGUACUACUGUUAAAGCCAAAUACUAAAUAUUAAUUUUGACAUUUUUAUUUUCUUUUUUAAUUUCGAUUUUUUUUUUUUCACGUUAAGAAUUUUACAAAAUAUUUUGCUCAGAUUGUUAAUAGUAAAUUGGCAGCUUAAAGUGGAUAGCUAAUUUUUUUGAAAUAUAUUUUUAAAAAUUAAUUUAAAAAAAUAAUUAAUUAAUAAAAAAAAAAAAGUUUGAAAAUAAU